GGCACUUCGCAAUUCGAAAAAUGGCAACGACCCAGGUUACCACUACCCCAUUAAUGCAUUGAACAUUUGGUGUUUUUUAAUGUCACUACACGUAGGAACAAGUUCUUCUCUUGCAUUCCUCGACGUUCCUUAUCAUUAUCUUUCACUUGGGGUUCUUUUUCACCUUCACCUUCGUUUUUUUUGAUCAUUUUACAGUGUUGUACAUCUACUAGUCUCAGAAUCAUUCAUCAAGGGAAAACAGAACGGAAAAGGAGUAAUCAUGGUCGCUCAAUCCGAAUCUCAAUCCACUCAUCCCCCAGCUCUAAACUCCACAGCAUCAUAUCGUAUUUCCAGACCUCUCCUCGUCGGUCCUUCGUCACCCAUUUAUCCUGGUUCCCCGUACCCGAUCCGCUUGCAAGGCCCGGUCUGCAAAGGAUUCGGAAGAGGCGGUAAAGACCUCGGGUGUCCCACUGCGAAUCUACCUGAUGACGAUAACGGUGGAAUUGGAACCGGUGUACAAGAAAUGCGCGGAAAAGUUGAUACUGGGGUGUUUUAUGGUUUCGCAAAGGUUAUUCCGCCUUCAUCCAACGAUCACAUCGACCACUCCACCCUCCCGAUGGUAAUGUCCCUCGGCUGGAACCCGUUUUACAAAAACGAACGCUUGACAGCUGAAAUACAUUUAUUACAUGAAUUCGAGAAUGAUUUUUAUGGAUACGAUAUGAAGGUGUUGGUGUUGGGGUAUAUAAGACCGGAAUUGGAUUAUGUUAGUCGAGAAGCACUCAUAGAAGACAUCGACACAGACAAACGUGUAGCACUAAACUGUCUUGCCAGACCGGAUUACGCCCGGUUCGCCGAGGACGAGUUCUUCCUCGAUGAUAAAUCCAGUGGGGCUCAGAAGUCUGGGCGAGCGGUGAACGGUGAUGCGUGGAAGGAGGAGCAGGAAGAGAUGACCAAGUUAUAACCCGUCGUAGUUGGCGUGGGCCCAAGGGUUGGAUGUAAUAGAGAUAGAAUGGACUCUGAAGAUAGAGACGCAGUCGAGAGAAGGUUACUCUUGUGUAUGGCGUGUUGUGCAUAGUAAAUAGUAAAUAGAUAGAUAAAGGCAAACUACGGAAUACAAUUUACAGUGUCCAGAGCA